CCCGUUUUGGUUCUUCGACCGAUUUGGGGUGAGCAGCCAGCACAUAAAGAACGCAAUGGACGAAACGCAGAAACCUAGACGGGGCUAUCUGACUUAUUCGAAGCUCGAACCCGAGCAUAUUCGCCUUUUAGAAUUGCAACCUGCAACCAAAAGAUUCGACCCUAUCCGGUGCAGUCUACGAACAGUUCCGCUUGGCCAAGCCUCGGAUUAUGAAGCGAUUUCCUACGUCUGGGGAGAUAAGAGCCUUGCAAAAAUAGUAGAGGUGGAUGGCGCCGACGUACAAGCCACCAGCAACCUAUUCGACGUCCUCCUCAACAUACGGCGGCAAGAUUCAGUCCGUACUGUCUGGAUCGAUGCACUAUGCAUCAACCAAGAAGACCUCGGUGAGCGCUGCCACCAGGUCAGCAUCAUGGGGCACAUCUACCGAGAAGCUUCCGGUGUUUUGAUUUACCUCGGAAACGAAUGGGACGGUCUGGGAAUCGCUUGCGAAUACCUCGAGCUCGCCGCGCAGCGAGAGGACGCUCACUUCGCCCCGUCACUUCAACCGCAUUUAGAGGUUCGUGGUCAAAACAUCUCAACGCCCUAUCUGAGAGACAAUCUCUUCAGGCUCUUCUCGUCGGCGUGGUUCUCUCGAGUGUGGACAGUACAGGAGUUCGUCCUCGCCCGAAAGACUACCUUUUUCUGUGGAGCGACUAUUGUCGAUGGUAAGCGGCUGGAACAAGGCAUCGUCAACAUUCGGCAGCACGCACAAAAUAGAUGCUGCGGGCCGCAUUCGAUUCUUGCGUGUGGCGAGACGUUCCUUAACGUGAUGGCUCAGAUGGAAGCGCUCAACGCCAUGAGGACUUUCCCCAAAGCGGCGAGCUUUUUGGAAACGCUGCAUCAUUGCCGUCAGCGGCGGUGCACAAACCCCCGAGACAAGAUCUACGGCAUGCUGGGCAUGGAGUUCAGAGGACAGGCAAGUCGCCUCCAGCCGAACUACGACAUCUCGGUCGAGCAGCUCUUCGUUGAUGUUGCCCGGGAGCAGGUGGAGCAGACGCGGACCCUGGAAGUACUCAGCUGCGUCGUCCCGGGGAAGAGGAGGACGUCCCUGGGCAUCCCUUCGUACGUGCCUGACUGGACGCUCAUGACGAAGAACAUCCUCACCCACCACCUAUCCAUCGACCACCUAAUGACGCUGCCGCACUACAACGCGUCUGGUGGCUUUCCGGCAGAGUUCCAAAUUGGACCUGGUGACCGGGCGCUUACAAAAGGCAUCGCGAUCGACCGGAUCGAGGCUCUCGGCCCUGCGUGUUUCUUCUCGGACCUGGCAAGUUGCGGCCAAGCAAAAGACUACGUGAAUAAGGCCCGUCGAUUGGCGGGCUUGCCUGGCCGCCCGCCCGAAUCGUCGGAAGCGGCCAGUUCCCGAGAACUCGGGUUCUGGAGGACUCUAUGUGGAAACCUAGCUGUUCACGUUGGAGAGGAAUCCCGCGAUUGGAGAGCUGCAGACCCCGCGGUUGACUAUGAAUCCUACCUACAAUGGAGCGACAUCGUUAACAGAGUGCCAUCCGCGGACCCCCAACUCGAUGACAGACCUGCAUUUGAAGACGCAUUGGUAGCAACGCUCUCAGCUCGAAGGUUCAUGCGGACCAGGGAAGGGCACUUUGGCAUGGUGGCCCCGGAUUCUCGGCGUGGUGAUGUGGUCAUGAUACUUGCCGGCGGCAGGGUGCCGUACGUGCUCCACGAAGAGCUGGGGUAUGAGACUGAGAAUGGCCCCGUGACUUAUAGCUUCAUUGGAGAUGCGUACGUUGAUGGUUUCAUGCAUGGAGAGCGUGUCGGCGACGAUCCGGAAUGGAUGUGGUUGAAUAUGAUCUAGUUCAACAAGAUGCUCAGUUCAUAGAUGAUAGAUCGAACGUUCCUCACGGAGAUCCAGAC